CUGAGAUCGUAACAUGCAUUAACACUCACCUACGCCAUGGGCGGCAGAAAAUCAAAGAGGUCUAUCUCGCAACCACGUUCUCAUUAUGCUCUGUUAAGUCCGGAGCAACGUGAGCAAAUCCGACCUUUUGUCUUCUUUGACCUGCCUGGCGAGAUCCGGAAUCAGAUAUACUAUCAUCUUUUGGCAUGCAGGCCAGCUCCGAAAUCUACUGACGAUCAUCUCAAGACAAUCAUCGCUCAAGGUAGGGUGCGGUACGAACACGAUGCGCUUGUCCAGCUACCCAAUCGGUUGCGCUUAAUAUGGACGCCGCGGUAUCAUGGCCCUUUCUUGACCAUUGCUAGAACCUGCAAGCAGGCAUACGCCGAGAUCAUUCAUCUCUUUUACUUCACAUAUCCCGUUGAAAUCCAUCUUGUGAUCCGCCACAGUCACAUCAAGCUCAGCGAGCUACCGGUCAUUCAAAUCAGCCGCGUUCAGACGCUUAGAAUACUCAUUACGUAUCACACUCAUUAUCCUGACCAGUGGCAUCCAACGAAUCGCAAAAAAGCGCGACCAAAAGCGAGCAUCGACCUCCAAAGGCUGUACAGAGCAGCGACGUCUUUGACUUCUUUACAUGUUUCCUUGAUGUAUGUGCUCAUAAGUCCUCACGAUGCUACACUGAGAGACCGCGAGGCGACAAGGUUGCUGCAUAACGUACUUCGUGGACUUCCAGACCGAGUGCAAGUUGCGUUCGGUCCUUGGAAAGAUCUUUUCAACAUAAAUUGGCCUCGCAUUAAUUUUGAACUUUUGGAUGGUGACAAACUGCGUGCCCUGGCUGAGGCAGUGGAAGACGCAGACGCAGACGCAGACGCAGACGUAGACGCAGAGGGGCGUGAAUUCGAAGUUGACAAUGAGCUGGAACCUCCUCAACGGCGACGUUUUGCAAGAAGAAUUCUAGGUUGUUUCAGGCGGAAGAAGUGAAUUUGCGAAUUUCAGCUAUUCAUCAGGUUACGGAAAGCACAUUUUACUCAAGUACACCGCUCUACAAGCGAGUUUUGUGUUCAUUAGUUCAUCUUGUUGGUGAUAUGUUCACGGUACAAGAUUUCAGAAACGGUUGUUGGAAUCUACAAGCAAUCACAUAUUGCAAAUCUUUCAAAUAGUUUUAAAUCAGGGAUACGUAUGCCGAUUCGAAAGCACGAC